AUGUCGCAGUUCAGCGUCGGAGAGUCAAAGGGAGAAAACCACAAAAUGUACCAAGUUUCGGAAAGCUAUAUUCUCCAAGACGACCAGAAAGAAAAGAUCCAGUAUAAACUCUAUGGAGCUGAAAACGAGACAUUAUUUCUGAGGCACAGGCCGUCAAACGAGCCCGCAGAUGCACUGUCCAAAAUGUGUAGAAAUGUGAUUUUUCAACGUGAUAUGCUAAUUCCGAAAUUUUUCCUUGUGGAAUCACUCAUCUCUUCACAAGACAUAUGGCAUAACUACAAGACUGGAAAUUUAACCACUGUGCUUAUAGGCAAGUUCAUGACCCGGUGCUGCCUCUUCUGCCUCCUCUGGGUUGUAACAAAUUACAUGUACGUGUACUCCCUGCGGAUCCUAGACUGUACAGAUGUCAUGGCGUUGUACUCUGCGCACGUCUCCUUCGUGUACCUCUUGUCGUGGGUCAUCCUUCAUGAUCAGUUCGUGGGCGUGAGGAUUGUUGCAGUGAUCCUUUGCAACACAGGCAUCGCCCUCUUAGCCUACAUGGACGGCAUCACAAAGACAAAAACACUCGGCGGUGUUGUCCUUGCUGCGGCGGCUGCGGCUGGCUCGGCUGUGUACAAGGUGCUCUUCAAGAAGGUGAUAGGCGAGGCGAGCUUCGGCCAGGUGAGCUUCAUCUUCACCAUCAUCGCCCUCCUGAACACCGUGCUCCUGAGUCCUCUCGUGGCCGCCUUCUACUUCAGCGGCUACGAGGUGAUCGAGUGGCGCUUCCUGCCGUGGCCCAACCUGGUCAUCGCCGCCGCCCUCUCGCUAGCCGCCAACCUUUUGGGUAACUUCGCCAUCGCCUUCACUUUCGAGAUCUUCAUAACUCUCGGCCUCGUGCUUGCUGUACCUGUGUCUGCGGUCCUCGACACGAAGUGGUACGCCGUGCAGUUCCAAGGCAUGAAACUCGCCGGUGUUGUGCUGAUCAUGUGCGGCUUCUUCCUCGUCCUCUUCCCAGCGAACUGGCCUGAGUACAUCACCAAGGUCCUCCGUUGGGGUCGGCACAGGAAACGCAAUCAGCCUCGACAGCAGCCAGAACCUGUCGACUACAGAACGGGCCUUAUCUCACGCUCCCAUCUCCGCUCUCCUUCAGGGCUGAUUCGAUGAUCGACUGAGCUCGAGACCGUCUUGGCUGUUGCUUGUUUGAUGAUCUGAUGCAGUACUUGCAGAUCCUAUCAUUUCGAUUAUUUGUAUUUGUGUAUUUUUUAUUUAUUUUUUUUUGUUUGUAUGGCUCUGAUUCUCUUCUGAUCUCUGCUUCCGUCUCUGUCUGUCUGUCUGUCUCUCUCUCUGCCUCUGUCUCUGUCUCUCUCUGCCUCUGUCUCUGUCUCUGUCUCUCUCUGCCUCUGUCUCUGUCUCUCUCUGUCUCUGUCUCUGUCUCUUUCUCUGUCUCUGUCUCUGUCUCUGUCUCUCUCUCUCUGCUUUUUAUCUGUUUUAUUAAAUCUAUCUGUCCUUCUGCCUAUUCCCGAGUAGUUCUGUCUCUGUAUAUCUCACUUUAGCUCUUGUCUAUCUAUGUAUAUCUCUCUUAUAUCACAAAAUUCAACAAACAUAAUGGGACAGGAUCCUGUGGCAAUUAUGUGAACAAAGAAAAUAUUGUAAUAUUUUCCUUUUUUAUAUUUUCUUUUCCUUCCCUUCUUUCUCUCCUUCUUCCUUUUCGUUUAUUUCAGCACGAAACAAUACUUCACAUUGUAGCUUUUUAUCUCAGCUUCUAAGAUUAUGACUGUUGUUCAAAGCAAUUUUUUUUUUUAUCUUAUGUCUUAUUUGUUCGCCGAAAACAGCUCUAUAACAUAUGACAUAAUAUUUCACACGUUCAAUAUUAAAGAAGGUAUUCAAAUCAAUUCCAGAUAGAAAAAGGCCAGUGUGAGAGAAAAAAGAAGGUAUUUUUCUAUGUUACUGUAAGGCUGUAUAACUGAUAAGGCAAAUUUUAUUUUCCCUUUGGCUGAAACAUGAAAAAUGAUUAUUGGUACUGUGUGGUAUUAUGUCCAUAGAAACUGUUGGAUUAAUGAAGAAAUGGUAUUUAGAAGAGGAACAUUGAAACCAAAACUAUAUUCAAAGUGUACUGAAAUAGCAAAUAUAAUAGAAAAUCACAUAAUAAAAAAGAAUAAAAUAAUUCUUUUGGUUGUGAUAACUGGUGCCAUAAGCAACUUUGUCCGAAAUAAGCAAUAAUACUGUUUCUUUUUCCGUGAAAAAUAAAAAGAAUCGGAAGGCGUGAAAAUUAUACAAACACCUCUUUAUAGUGUCUUGAAAUGCAUAACCACUUGUUUCAUGGCCUUUGUAGAUCUUGUUAAUUGUACUCCACAAUCAUUGGCGUUCGUGGCAUAUAUAUAUAUCCUUUAUUUAGUGUAAAUAUACAGUCACUGUCAAGUGCGGAAAGGAAGAAAAAGACAAAAGUGAAGAAAAAUGGAGAUAAGAAAACGAUGGUGAUAGGGAACAAGGAGAAAUGUAAAAAGACUGUGAGCGUUUUUCGAACUCGUUUUUGUGUCCCUUCCAAAAAACAAUAAAACAAAAACAAAGACAAAAAGAAAAAAAAAGUAAAUAAAAUAAAAGGAAAUGAAAAUAAUAUCAAGAAUAAGCUUAGAUCGGGACUCGAAAACCGAAACAGACAAGGUGGAAAGCCUCUCGUUAGAAGGGAUUAACCGAAACGAUUUUCCACAUGUAUACCUUAUUAAUUACGUGUUUGAAUGAAUGUGAUGGAUUUCGUUAGAUGCAAAACUUAUUUACUGUACAGUCGUGUAGAUCAUUUGCCCCCUCGAUCAAGGUAAAGGAGUAAGGAUUUUGAACACUCAAACGAGGUGGUAUGUCUUACCAAUGAGUGAAAUUUCAGGUGUUAAUUUACGAUCCGAUCAGACACUGCUUUGACGUGUAAUUCGUUAUUCAUCAUCAGCUGCGGGAUGGUUGGUUUGUUGUAGAAAUUUCAGUGUCAAGAUAUAAAUAAUGAGAAAAAAAUAUAUAUGUGAAAAAGGAGAUAUGUACAAAUGUACACAGACAUAAUCAUACAAAGAUAUAGGGAGGUACCGUGACACGCACGCACACACGCACACA